GGCCGAUUUUUGAAUUUCGAACGUUCGAAUUUAAAAGCGUGUGGUCGAAAAUAAUCGUACACGAAAAUUUGUCACGAUUUUUUUCGCAUGAUCCUAAUAAAACUUAUUUUUGAAAGUCACCAUUCGACUGUGUAGUGAUUGACUAUCGAUAUUUUGCAUUUCAUUGUACGCAGAAAGUCGAUAAUUACCGGUUAUUUUAAAUUUACUUAAAAACUAAAAUUAAGGGGUAUACCCUUAUUGAAAUUGGUGUUUGGUGUAAUAUUUGUAAUAAAUAAACAUUUUGGGGUAUUUUACGCUUGACAGUACAAAAAAAAACUUAUUUUUAUUUUAUGCUACUAUGGAAUGAAACGUUUAGUUUCCUUCGUUAAUGAGUCUAUGGUUGGUUAUGGUAAAUAUUGUGGCGGCCAGUCGCCCCUCUCGGCAGUAUUUGGAAUUUCAUAUUAGUUUACUUUGUUUGUUUAGAAUUCGUUUGUAUUUGCGCCCGCAAAGUGUUCAGAAAUGUCUGAAAAUAAACAUAACAUGUCGAGUACCCAAAAAAAAGGCCUAGCCGAUAUCAUGGCUUCGAGAACAGAGCUGAGAUCAGGCAAGUUUACCUCCAGCUUCACACACAAAAAAGCACAAAAAGAAUGGGAGGAGAUAACAACUAUAUUAAACGCCAUGCCAGGUGCUACUAAGACCUGGCAGCAAUGGAGGAAGUCAUGGCAAGAUCUGUUGAGCAAAACCAAAUCUAAAAAAGGUGCCAUUAACAAGGACCUACACAGAACGGGAGGAGGCCGGCCUCUGCAAGCUCUAACAGAGGUGGAAACGAACAUUGCUUCCCUUAUCGACCCAAGAACUAUUUCGGGCCACCGAGACUCACAAGAGUCAGAAGUCACCUUCGACUUUGAUGCACAUAUGAUAAGUCAUAUGGAGGCAGAGUCAGAGGAAGAGGUGACUACGGUGGUACAAAUUGUUUCAGAUGAUGAUGCUGAUGCUGCACUGCCCAAACCGAAAGAAAAGGUCAAACAAAAAAAAAUAAACCUAAGAACUUUGAUGCAACAAAAAUUGGAUUUAAAAAAACAGGCAGUUGAAGCUGAGAUUAAUUUUUACAGGGAGUUCCUUGACAAUAUGAGAAACCAAACUGCUGCACUGGAGCAGAUUGCUUUAUCUGUAAGAGGAAGAGAGCGAAGCAAUCUGCUCUAGUGGUUAAUACCCAAGUACCUACCUGCCGUCCUGACCCUGUUUGUUGAAUAAUAUGGAUCAUAGUAUUAUUAAAACAUAAGUAAGGCCAUAUAAGGCUAAGUACUAAGGCUAUCCUAUGACUGAUAAUUUUAAAUGAGUCCAAAGACUUUUUCAGAGAAAGAUUUAUUUUAUUUGUUAAAAGUUAAAUACUUUAGUUGAUUUGUUUGUUAGAAGUGUAAACAAAAAUCGUUUUUAUUUAAGAUAGGAAUUUUCGGUCUACCACUUAUCUCAGGUGGUGGAAGUUGUACAGUAGAGGGUAGCUGAGAAGAUAGUGCUAGAAGAGUUUGUUAAGUAGAAAAUGUAAUACAUAGUAUGACAUACUACAUAGACAUGUAGUGUACAUGUGUAAUACCAUAGAGAAAUAUAAUAAGACAAGAGUGCUCGCUCCAUACAUCAGUUAGACUAUUAAUUUCAGUGUCUACAUCUCGCAUCGA